AAGGAGUACAGAAUGAAAGGAUAUUGAUCGCACGAUGAGAGCUAGUACGCGCAUGGCAGAUCCUUUCUGUCCCCAGCCUGCGCAGGCAGCGGGACUCUUUUCCAUCCGAAGUCUGAUAAGGUUGAUAGGCGAGAGAAGGAAUAAGAGGUUAGAGAGAUCGUGUCACUCGGUACUUAUCGAGUUUCGUGUUUUGUACCCGCGAUCCAAGAAGUAAGAUUCUUGAUAACAAGAAUAGAGAAAUAAAAAGAGAGAGAGAGAAAGAGAGAGAGAGAGAGAGAGAGAGAACGAAAGAAAGGAGAAAGAGAAAGAUAGAUAAAUAAAUAGAUAGAUAGAUAGAUAGACAGAGAGAAAGAGAGAGAGAAAAGAGGAAUUUGAUAGAGAGGAGGGAGAAAGAGAAAGAGACGGAGAGAGAGAAAGAGAGAGAGAGAGAGAGAGAGAGAGAGAGAGAUAGAUAGAGAGAGAGAAGAGAAUGAUAGCGCUUCGCGCCAAGGGUGUGCCGUGUUACGUCUGAGUCUGUCAGAAGUGUGCGAGAUGAUAAGAUAUCCCAAAGAAAAUAUUAUAAAGUUCGAUCUUCGUUAAGUCUAACGAUAAGUGAAAAAGAAAAGGGAAAAGAAAAAGGAAGAAGAAAAGAUAAGAGAAAAAGAAAAAAGAAAAAGAAAAAAAAGCGAAAGAAAAAGAAAUUAAUACAAGUGUCAAUGUGUUUGUUACUGCUCGCCAUUUUGUAUUAGAAAACUUUUCUCUCUAUCUUUCUUUCUCUUUGUAUCUGUCCGGUUUGUCUGCCUGUUUGUCUAUUUGUCUGCCUACCUGUCCUGAGUGUCUGUCUGGUUGCCUGUCUAUCUAUCUAUCUAUAUCUAUCCCCCCCCGCCCUCUCUCUCUCUCUCUCUCUCUCAUUCUCUCUCUCUUUCUCUUUUUCUACUUUUUGACAAGUUGACAAGUAUAUAUAUCUUGAUCUUUGGAUUGAUCUAGAUAAAGGGAAUAUAUUGUAUAGAAUUUAGGGAUCAUUGCCCUUUGAGAGAACAAUAAAUAAUGUCAGACUGCGAGGACAGCGAGGAUUCCUGCGGUGAGGAGGAAUUGGUUCCUAAAUGGGAAUUACGAAAGGAGUGGCUUGAAGGCAUAUUUGAAAAGCAUUUUGAGGAACCAGUUUUUGUACCUGAAUUCAAAAUCAUUCCAAGAUGCACGUCGAACGACAGUGUUCUAAGCGAUGUCACUUAUGCCGAAGCUAUAGUCUAUUCUAAAGUUGUCCGGCGCAGAAUAGGAAUCAUCAUCAAACGAUUACCGGACGAUCCCUUCAGUCGUUUCUUCGUGACCGAGGGUCAAUACGAUCUACGUGAAAUUAAAUUUUACACGCAGAUAAUACCGGACUUGAAGAAAUUCGAAGAUAUACAUAUCAAGGGAGAUCGAAUAAGUCUGGAAGAAAUGUAUGAUAAUUCAUUGAAGGUACCAAUAUGUUAUUACGCUCAUUAUAGUCCACCUGGAGGAACCGAUGAUAGCCCUGUACCACCGGAAUCGAUGUUGGUUUUAUCUGAUUUUGAUGCAACGAGCAUUAAAUUCUCCGAAGGAUUGACAUUCGCUGAAGCAAAAGCUGCCUUGGAUUCUAUAGCCUCGAUACACGGUCUAUCACUCAGCAUGAAAAUUAUAGACGGGAAACCUUUACCGGAACGUUACCCGUUCCUAUUUCAAAAGGCCAAAGCGACAGAUUCUUAUCAACAAAUGGUAGAACGAGGAUUCUCUCAAUUGGCACGCUUUUUAGAACGUGUGCCAGGACUCGAAACAGUUCUCGAAGCUCUUAUGGCACUUCGACCAAAAACCAAAGACAUCAUCAUGACCCUUCUUGCUCCAGAAGGUCCAUUAGCUCUGAUCACGCAUACGGACUUCUGGUGUAAGAAUUUACAAUUUCAUUAUGCCCAGGAACGUACCACGUGUUUCAUUCUCGAUUGGCAAAUGGUUGCUUAUAGCAGACCAACGAACGACGUUGCAUUAUUAUUGUUGAGCUCAUUGCCAAGCAAAUUGCGCCGAAAACACACGGAAUCUCUUUUGGAUUCAUAUUGGAUCGCUUUAAAUCGUUCCUGCUUCCUUUACGGAGUUGAUAUACCAAAAGAUCUUGGAUAUACGAGGAAAGAUCUCGCUAAGGAUUAUAGAAAAUCUCAAUUAUUGGCAUUAUUACUUUGUAUUGGAUCUAUAGAUAUAGCUUUGGGACAUCCACAAACGGAACAACGUUUAAUCGAUGUACUUCAAGAUCUUCAUAAUGAUGGCAUAUUAACCGAAGAGAUUGCAAUAACGACGACAGAAGCGGAAGCUUAAACGGCCUUCCUAUUAAUGGAACUAUAAUUCCUUCCUAUUACAGUGAAAAGAAAAAGAAAAGGGGGGAAAGAAAAAAAAAAAAAAAUAACAUAUAAUACACGAGCCAAGCUCUUCCAAAUGGGCCGUAGGAA